AUAUAAAUGUGUGUACAUCUGAGAUGCUAGUAGUCAGUGUGGUAGGAACGUUAGAUCGAUCAACAUGCGGGUUAUAAGUUUCAUUUUGACGACAUGUGUAUCUUUGGCGGUCGCUAGCAAGUCACCAUGUAUAGAAUUAAAUGAUGGAAACAAGAUGCCAAUCGUUGCCCUGGGCACCGGCCGAGGAACCGCCAGCGAGAAUGCAAAUGUAGAUGAAGUUCGUCAUGCUGUCUACUGGGCCAUCGAGGCUGGGUACAGGCACAUCGAUACAGCUGCUAUAUACUUCGACGAGACUCAAGUUGGACAGGGAAUCGCUGAUGCCAUCGCUAACAACCUGGUUACUAGGGAAGAACUAUUUAUAACGACCAAGCUAUGGAAUGACAAACACCACAGAGAACAAGUGGUACCAGCACUAAAAGAGUCUCUUCAAAAACUUGGUCUAGACUACGUUGAUCUUUAUUUGAUACAUUUCCCUAUUGCUGUAAAGGCUGAUGGUAGUCCUGAUGACGUUGACUAUUUGGAAACUUGGCAAGGAAUGGAAGAAGCUCGAGAACUAGGUUUGACCAGGUCUAUUGGGGUGUCUAACUUUAACGCAUCUCAAGUUGAUCGAGUAAUCGCACACUCAAAAGUUUGUCCAGUUGUCAACCAAAUUGAGGUAAAUCCGACUAAUACUCAAGAAGAGUUAGUAGCUCACUGCCAAGAGAGAGGAGUUGCAGUAAUGGCGUACAGUCCUUUCGGAUUCCUCGUCUCCAGGAAUAAGCCUAAUGCUCCACCACCACGAGCUGAUGAUCCUGUGCUCGUUGAAAUGGCUAAAAAGUACAAGAAGACUACGAGUCAAAUAGUCUUGAGAUAUUUGAUUGAUCGUGGACUAGUUCCUGUCCCAAAAUCCGCUAACAAGAAUAGGAUAGUUCAAAAUAUUGAUUUAUUCGAUUUCAGUUUGACUCCAGAAGAAGUUCAACAGAUCAACAAAUUCAACAAAAAUGUGCGUGUCAUUCAUCCCGUACACUUAAAAGACUAUCCCAAUUAUCCCUUUUGGGAGUAAUAUAUCAGUUUAUAUGUAAUAAUCAAUCGAGUUCGCACCGGUCAUUCUACGUGUUAUCUCCAUCCUACACGUCAUUGGCAAAAUUCACGGUGCUGUUUCAAGUUUCAGUAUUACUCAUAUUAUUAUCCAUACAUACAUCACUCGAUUGGAAAUAAUAAAAAACGGAAUAAAA